AUGGAUGACCAAGCUCUAAUUAGCAGUGAAAGUCUAGAUAGAGCUUCACCAGAGCUCUGGCCUGAACAAAGUAUACUUCCUCGUCUUUCCCUUAUUUUCACCAUACCCCAGGUGUUUCGGAAUUCAUUUCAACCCGUCAGCCUGAUUUGAACAUUCAAACACCGGCUAAGUACACCACGGAUUUAGAUAAGGAAGAUCUCGAACUUAUUCACGGUAUUUGAGAUGCUGGUCAUCUGAGCGUUUUUCUUUAGACUUCGGCAGUUUGUCCACCCAACAGCUAAUGGAUAAAAUCAAGCAGUUGCAGAACCUUGCCUAUCAAGUUGGUCUUGAGGAGUGUAAGUUGCCUUUUGCCCUUGUGAAUUUCCUUAUUUCGUCUAGCAAAGGAAAUGAGCCGAGGAAAGUUCCUGAACAUAUUGGGGAAACGUUAA